AUGGCCGUGUGUGUAAGUGGUAGUAGACGUUCAACAGCAUCAACCGCAUCAUCGUCAGCAUCUUCAGUCCGCAUCAGCAUUAUUAGCAUCAGCAUUAUUAGCAUCAGCACCAGCGUUAGCAUCGGCAUGAGCAUGAGCAUGAGCAUCAGCAUUAGCAUUAGCACCAGCAUUAGCAUCCGUAUCAGAGUGCAUCAGACUGUAAAGUUCGCAUCGACUCCGUAUUCUCUGUACGCCCUACCCUGUCCAAGUCCAAGUUCCAAGUCCAAGUGCAUGUCCAUGUCCAUGUCCAUGUCCAUGUCCAGGAUCCCAAGCCUACAUGACAUGCAUUCACGUGUCGUUGUAGUUGUAAAUGUAGUUAUAAGUGGGUGCUUUACUUACGGAGUAGGUGACUUACGUAGUAACUUUAACUUCAUCUCAACCCAACCCCCAAUCCCUCUCAAUCCGAGUUCCAACCCAACUCAACCCAACUCAGCCAAUAGCCAGCCAUCAGGAUUGAUACCUCUUCUUAUUGAUGUGCCCCCCGCCAUCAUCAACACCAAUACCAACACCAACUACACCAACCAUCGUAUCUAUCUCGGCCUAAUCCAAACAACGGUAGUCCCUGAUUGGAAACCCGAUAUCGAAGUGAACUCUUGGCAACCGUUCAACUCCGUACGUCAAGACUCAAAGGGGGAUGGAUUCCUACCUACUCGUGCGGUCCGUAAUAACAGGACUCUACUCGCCAAGCGCGCAUACGGUUAUUCUCUAUUCGCAGCAUUCUUCAGAUUAAUCCUUUGGGUUUCAGGGUCUUCCUUCAUGCUGGAAACGUGUUUCGAUCAUUGGACCAUGGCUGAGCAAUGA